AUGUCCACGGACAGCAAGCGGCCGGUCAGACCGGCGUACUACUGGCGCAGCCGGCUCCACUUCUACGCCUCGGCCUACCUCUGCACGGCGGGGCUGACAAACCUCAACUGGUUCCCGUACGCCAUCUACAGGCGUGGCCGAGGCUCGUUCCUGGUGAUGUACGCGGCCGUGAUGAGCGUGCUGGUGGUCCCCAUGCUGCACAUGGAGGCCAUCCUCGGUCAGUUCGCGCACGCGGGAAACCGAGGAGUGCUCGAGUGCUCGCCCGCAUUCGCUGGUCUGAGCUACACGAUGGCCUACUUCUACGUGGCGAGUGCGGUGAGCGGCGCACUGACCAUGUCGCACGCGGUGCUCUACCUGCUGGGAAGCAGCCAGAACCCGCUGCCCUGGUCCACCUGCCGAGGGAUGAACGCCACCACCUGCUACGUCCUCGAAGCCGGAGGGCCCCGACCGUGCCGGCAAGUGCACCGUGCCCUGGCGCUGCGAUUCGAGGCAGCCGCGGAACGCGACCGGCUGCCGGGCAUCCCCGUGGUGCUCGGCGACCGCGUGGUGCUGGUGCCGCGGCACCAGUUCGCGCGCAACUGCACCCCCUCCACCGUCAGCGCGGUCGAGCACUACCACCGGGACUUCGUGCUCCGUGUGGGCGGCCACCUGCACGGACUGCACCUGAACCCCGACGUGGCGCUGGCAUGCGCGGCCACCUGGGCAAUCGCCUGCGCCGCUUCCUGCUUGCGCGUCGGACUCCUUAGUGCGCUGAUGUACGCGCUGGUCGUCGUUCGCGUGUUCCUCGUGUGGUUCGUGUGCGCCAAGGUGGUCGGCGAGGGCUUCAAAGGUAGCCUCUGGAAGCAGCUGUCAAGCUUCGACCCCGCCCAGCUGCUAGACUUACAGUCCUGGAAGGUGGCCACGGAGCAGAGUCUGUACAGCGUGGGCUGCUCCCGGUCCUUCUUGCGUCUCGCCAGCUGGAACAAGUUCUUCAGCGACGUGCGCUAUGUGGCGCCCAUCCUUGCGUGGACAAACUUCGUGACAACGCUCAUGUCGACCGCCAUGGUCUUCCUCCUCCUCUUCCUCGUCUCGGAGAGAACGGACACCGAGUUGGACGCCUACUUCGAGCCCAAGGAGGCCCACUUCGUGUCCGUGGUCCAGGCGCUUCUGCUCCUGGAGCCCGAGCGGUCGUUCUCUGUCCUCUAUUUCAGCCUCAUGUUCCUCACGGGAAUCUUCGACCUGGUGAUCAUGCAGGAGGUGGUGAUGGAGGUGCUGGUGGUCGACUUCCCGGCGUUCGCCGAGCGGACCGUGUUGGCCAGGGGGGCGCUGUGCCUGCUCGUCUACGCACUCAGCCUGCCGCUCUGCUCCGGGGUGGGUGUGCGCACGUGCGCGCGUAGGGGUGGGGCAGCUGUCGUGGCGCCCUUGCGAGAACCCUCGUAUGUUCUGGGCUGCCGCUGUGCGUUACAAAGCCCUACGGGUGAUCGAAAGUGA